GCUUGCCAUCUCUUUACUUUUUGUUCACCUUGGGUCUCUCUCUGGUCAAGAAAAAUGCACGCAGCCGCCAAACUCUCCAUCUUCAUGUGCUUGAUUGCCACGUCCUUUGCAGAACACCACCGGUCCUGCGAUUCGCCCAAUAUGACAGGCAUUUUGAUGGUGAGUGAUCUACGACAAAGCAAUGCAGUGGGUGCGUAUACAUAUGAUUCUGUGGCCAACAAGCUACGGUUCACAUCAUUUUCGAGUGACACCUUUAACUCUUCACUGAAUUUGGAUGCACUGUUCUUUUUCGAUGAGGGGAUAUUUUAUGAGAUUGACGGCAAAAACCAGAGCUGUGAGAAGAAGUCACUACAAUCAUCCAUCCAUGCCAUGGAAAUUCCCUCAAAUGCCGAGUUCCUAAGUAAUAUGACUUUGGGAAGCGCAACCAUUGCAGAGGAGGGACUAAAGAUGAGCAUUUGGAGAGGGACAGUGCCAGAAACAAAAGCACAUUAUGUGAUGGGUUCAAGUAUGGGAUGUUUGCCUUUCAGCUUUACCUACAUCUCUGAAACCAUACUCAUUUUCAGCAACACGGGAAUUGAGAUGGAGAUUAAGGAUCCUGAUCGCCUCGUGGUGCCCUCUUUUUGCGAGGCGGAGGUUGUGGAAGACACACCUGAGGGGAAAGUAAACUCUUUCUUCAGCCUGUUCCUUUAGAGAGAAUCCCACUGGAGGACCCCCCCCCCCAAACCAAAACAAAACAAAACAAACCAAAACAACCAAACCCCUAUCCGUGUGUGGCCAACCGAAACGCUUAUCAUUUUUUCUCCUUCCUGUACGUGACUUGAGUGUUUUGCAUGAUACCUGCACUGCGUCAUGUUGUCAUAUUUUUUUUAUCUUUCACUCCACUAUCAAGAGAUGGCUUUUGAAUGGAUCAAAUGAAUAAAUGAAUAAAUGUCGAUGUAACUGAGGGGAGACAUAGCGAGCAUGGUAGAAUUAGUCCUUUCUCAUAGCAACACUUGGUGGCUCAACAAGUUGAUACAGCUCACAAAACCUUGUAAGAUAUAAUUAAAAUAAAAAUAAAAUGCCAAAGCUGUUAAUUAAUCAGCCUUACAUUUCCUCAUUGUGUUGAUUAUGAUGCAAAUUUAAAGUUCACCGGGGCUUACUUACUAUUAUCAAUAUCACAUGAGGGGACGGUCAUUAAGCAAAUAUGUCAAUAUUAGUUGAAUGAGAGUGACAUUGCAAGGAUACACAAAUUUGAAAGGGAAAACAUCACUCAAAGGAUAUUCUGUCUAUCUAUUUUAGCCUUCAUUUGACAGAGAGGUGUUAUAGACAGAAAAAACAGGGUGAAGCAAAAGAGGGACAUGCAACAGAAGUCCUAAAUAACAUCUGAUGGAGUUUGCAUGAGAAGUUUGAAAUGAACAUAAAGAAAAAGCAAUAAUAACAACUAUAAUAAUAUGGGCAGUGAAUCGGAGGCAGGGAUUUCUGAUGAAGACAAAACUCCAAAUUAAGACUCAUUUCCACUGUAUAUUGAAAGCAGUGAGGUGUGAAGCCCAAUGCUAGGUUGCAGAUUGGGGGUGCGUCAUUAAUUUGUUGCAGACUGAGGGUACAAGCUCUACUUAUUGACUGUUGAUAAGAUGAAGGGAAUCAGUGAUUGGAGUCCAAAGGUUUACCAUAUGUUUUAAAAGAGGUUCACAAUUAUAAACAGAAAAACCAGGACUCCUUGGUGGGCAAUUUUACUCAGAAAGGGCCAGCGUGGGUGAAGGUUUUUGUUCGAACCAAGCAAUUACAUGCCUGUAUCUCCUAAUCAAGAUCCUCAGCAAAGACUCUACUGGUUGAUUAGUGGGACCAGGUGUGUGUAACUGCUUGGUUGGAACAAAAACCUUCACCCACACUGGCCCUUUCUGGAUAAGAGAGGUCGGCCAAAAAAUUAUACCUCAUUUUGCCCACGAAGAAAGCAGAAAAGGCAAUGUGUGAGACAGUGUUGUAGUACUUGAGUCCAGGACUCGUAUUUGAGUCCGACUCAAGUCCUGAUUUUCAGGACUCAUCACUCGACUUGGACUUGAGCACUGAUGACUCGGGCUUGGACUUGGACUCGAGCAUUGACUGCCUUCCGGCCCAGAAGUUGGAGAUGAGGACUCGGACUUGUUAAUUGAAUUGUUUUUGUUAGUUUUUUUUUUAGCUAUUGUGUCACAAAUUAAAUAAACUCCCUUUGAAA